GUCCUCGCACACACCACCUGUGGCAGGCGGCAGAAGUGUGGAGCUGGCUGUGCUGUCAGCUGGCUGGCAGCUCCCAGUUUAAAGGUUCUAAAUGUAAAUGUAUUAGCUGAAGCAGGCACUGGGGAGGGGUGGACUAAGUCAUUAUUAUUCAUGAACCGGAAUGCAUUCGUCAGAUUAGCUGGGCACUAGCGGGUGAGAGGGCUCCGAGCUGAGGUAGGGGAGCCACAACCUAGGUGGCAAGAUGUGUCCAGUUGGCUAGGGGUGGGGGGAUGGGGCAGGAGGCACUCAUACAGAAGGAUACGUCAGGGCAAGGGGUUGCCGCAGCUCAGGAUGUGCUAGGUCCCACCCCCAGAGGCGGGGCCAGGACCCAGCCCUGGCUGCGGCUACUCCAUCCCUCCGGGAACCCAGGCAAGCCCGGCCCAGACCGCUGUUCCCACAGAGCAGAGACACCAUUCGCUGGCCAGCCAGGACACCAGGCAUGGUCCGAAACCCUGCAGGGAUGGCUGCAGCACCUCCUGGCCACUGAGGAAAGCCCAGGCUGGAGGCUGGGCAGGCAACACCUGUCCCGAAAAGCCAUGCAUGCUGGCUGCUGCGCCAGGCCCGCUCCAUCCCCAGGCCCAAGAUGACAGCCAACAGCACGGAGGAGUGGCCCAGCCCUGUUCCCAAUGGGGCCCUGGGGCUCUCCCUGGCCCUGGCGAGCCUCAUCGUUGUUGCCAACCUGCUCCUGGCCCUGGGCAUCGCCUGUGACCGCCGUCUGCGCAGCCCACCUGCUGGCUGCUUCUUCCUGAGCCUGCUGUUGGCUGGGCUGCUCACAGGGCUGGCGCUGCCCAUGCUGCCAGGGCUGUGGAGCCAGAGCCGCCGGGGUUACUGGUCCUGCCUCUUCCUCUACUUGGCUCCCAACUUCUCCUUCCUCUCCCUGCUCGCCAACCUUCUGCUGGUGCACGGGGAGCGCUACAUGGCCGUGCUGUGGCCACUCCGGCCUCCUGGGAGCACACGGCUGGCCCUGCUCCUCACCUGGGCCGGCCCCCUGUCCUUUGCCAGCCUGCCUGCUCUGGGGUGGAACCACUGGACCCCUGGCACCAACUGCAGCUCCCAGGCUGUCUUCCCAGCCCCCUACCUCUACCUUGAAACCUAUGGGCUCCUGCUGCCCGCCGUGGGUGCUGCCGCCCUCCUCUCUGCCUGCGUGCUGGUUGCCGCCCAUCGCCAGCUGCAGGACAUCCGCCGGCUGGAGCGGGCAGUGUACCGCGAUGAGCCUUCAGCCCUGGCCCGGGCCCUCACCUGGAGGCAGGCAAGGGCACAGGCAGGAGCCACACUGCUCUUCGGGCUGUGCUGGGGGCCCUACGUGGCCACCCUGCUCCUCUCGGUCCUGGCCUAUGAGCAGCGCCCACCGCUGGGGCCUGGAACGCUAUUGUCCCUCCUCUCACUGGGCAGUGCCAGCGCGGCAGCUGUGCCUGUGGCCAUGGGGCUGGGUGAUCAGCGCUACACAGCUCCCUGGAGGGCGGCUGCACAAAGGUGCCUGCAGGGGCUACGGGGAAGGGCCUCCCAGGGCAGUCCCGGCCCCAGCACUGCCUACCACACCAGCAGCCAAAGCGUUGACCUGGACUUGAACUAGGGGAAGGGCCUCUGCUGACCCUACCAGAGCAUCCAUCCUACUCAGCCAAGCCUGUCUCCACAGGUCCCCAUGUCUCUGGGUCAGAGACCCUGUCCCAUCUGACUCCUCCCUGACCCAAUAAAGGCUGUUUAUGGUUAUCUCA